CAACACCUCUACAAAAUCAGAUUUCUUUCAGCGUCGAAGCUUAUCAUUCUCUACGGUGUUCAGAUUAAGGUUAAUUGCAAGUAUUCUCUUGAGUUCUUCUCGAAAUGGCUCGUACGAAGCAAACUGCUCGCAAAUCAACUGGUGGAAAGGCUCCAAGGAAGCAGCUCGCCACCAAGGCUGCUAGAAAAUCCGCGCCAACGACUGGCGGUGUCAAGAAGCCUCACCGUUACCGUCCUGGAACUGUUGCUCUUCGUGAAAUUCGCAAAUAUCAAAAGAGUACUGAACUUUUGAUCCGCAAAUUGCCAUUCCAGCGUCUUGUUCGUGAAAUUGCACAAGAUUUCAAGACGGACUUAAGGUUUCAGAGUCACGCGGUCCUUGCACUUCAAGAGGCCGCAGAAGCAUAUCUGGUGGGUCUAUUUGAGGACACCAAUCUGUGCGCUAUUCAUGCCAAGAGGGUAACAAUUAUGCCCAAGGAUAUUCAACUUGCCAGACGAAUUCGUGGCGAACGUGCUUAAUUGGAUUUUAGUAUUUCGUGGUUUGUUAGUUUUCAUGAUAGUUGUUGUUAGCUUCUAUAUUUUUGUCUUUUCACUCCUUGCUGUAAAGUUCAUAUAAUAUUUUGAUAAACAACGCUAUUAUUUCCGCAUUGUAAUGCGAUGUUGCUUUUCCUUUCUGGAUUA